GUACCAGAUGUCGUGGAAAUGGUUGGAUUUACUCUGUGUAACAAGAACUUCUUAAUUGCCUAUGUAAUUAUCAAGGACGAGACCGAGUACAACUAUGAUUGGGUCAUACAGCGGUUGAGACUUCUGAUAGGACCUGACGUACAUCCUUCAGCCACUGUCACUGAUAGGGAGUUGGGCUUGAUUACUGCUAUUCAGAGGAAUUUUCCAGUGUCGCCCCACAUACGUUGCACGUGGCAUGUCAACAAGGAUGUGAAAGACAGG